ACAUGUUCUCAAUUCUCACACACACACACAAUCCCCAAACCAUUUCUCUCUCUCUCUCUCUCUCUUGAUAACGCAAACUCACCAUUUUCUCUCUCUCUCUUCUUGGUCCUCCAAUGGCGGACUACGACGACGAAAUCCGCCACCAUAACCAACCCUCCAUCCCCAAAGAAACCGCUCUCCAAGCCCUAAACACCAUAAUCAAGCUCCACUUCGAGAAAACCCUGGAGAAAAAACGAGCCAUCGACCACCAGAAGAAGAAGCUCCAAAAGCUUUUCCAGCUCUUCUUCAUCUUCCUCGCAAUCGUCUUCUUCUCUCUCUCCCAACCCUCAGGCCGUCUCCACUGCCGCCAUUGCUGGGCACCAAUCUUACUCCUCUCCUUCUCCCACCUCUUCUUCUACGUCUCCGUUGCUCAAACCCUCCGUGUCAUCAACAACUUCAAGUACCAGCGACACUGCCACAAGCUCACUCUCGGCCUCGCCACCCACAAGCUUCUUUUCAUCAAGUCACGCAUCUCCGCCGGGGAUUUCCUAAGCGGCGGCGAUGGUGGCGGCGGAGAAGACGAGGUCUCCGCCUCCGCUGCUGCUUGGGAUCUGGAUGUUCCGUAUCAGGAGCCACCUGAGAGUUACUUCGUCAAGUUUAAGAGAAAAUGGGCUCUAUAUUUCGGAUUCUUGAUCCUUCUUUACACUUUCAUGAUCUCCUUCUCCGUCGUCAUCCUCUGUUUCUGAGAUCUCCUAGUCCUAGAGUGGCAAUUUCGUUAAUUCUACUGCAAAAACCCUUCUGCUUCUUAUCGUUCAUUAGUUUUCACUCUUCUGCUUAGAAGGAUCAUAAGAAGAUGAUGUAGAAAUUAAAAGGGAUCAUGAAAUGUUUUCAGCUUAGGAAUUAAAAAAAAAAGAAGAUGAUGUUGUAGAAAUGUGGGAUCAUAAAAAGUUGGAAACUUUAAACUUUGAUUCAAUCUGAUUUGUU